UGAGCAAAGCUCACAAGUCCAGACUAGUUAAUUGCUUCGUUUUCGUCGUUGAGAUAUUACUAGUAAUUUAAUUGAAUUGAAUAUCUCCGUGGAUUCCAAACAAAUAGAAAUAUAAAAUAUUUAACAAUUUUGUGAUUAUUAUCCAAAGUCCAAACAAAUAGAUACAUUUUUGUGCUUCUCGCUGCAUUUUGACUUUACCAUGGCCGUUUCCAUUUCAGCGUCUUCCUCCUCCUUAAUCCUCAAUUCUUUCAACUCUUCUUCCACACGUGUGGGAACUUCUUCUGCAUCGAAGCUUCAAUUCCCUAUCGUUCGAAUUGGUACUCGCCGCCUUCGCUCUUCCUCCCGCCCUCGAUUCCUCCCUCUGGUUCAAGCAAAGAAACAAACCUUUUCCUCUUUUGAUGAUUUGCUUGCUAACUCUGAGAAGCCUGUACUUGUUGACUUCUAUGCAACCUGGUGUGGUCCUUGUCAAUUUAUGGUUCCCGUACUCGAGGAAGUAAGCGCUCGUCUUAAUGAUCAGAUACAGGUAGUUAAGAUUGAUACUGAGAAGUAUCCUAGCAUUGCCACCCAAUACCAAAUUGAGGCAUUGCCAACUUUCAUCAUCUUUAAGGAUGGAAAACCCUUCGAUCGCUUCGAGGGAGCAUUACCAGCAGAUAAGCUAAUUGAACGUAUAGAAACCAGUCUCAAAGUUACGCAAUAACCCCGUUAAACUGAAGACACAGAAGUUUGUCUAUUGGAUCACAUACAUGGUUGGAUAGGAGGAUCAAAGUGCUGCUUCAACUUCAUUUGGACUGUCGAUUGUAGUUUAUUACAUUAUUUAUGCCAGAACUCAGGCUUACAAAAAAAUUUAUUGUUUAAUUAGAAGUAGCAAUAUUAAACAAUUCACAAGUAAACCCAGUUUUGUUGAGUUCUUCAAUAUCUUUGAUUUGUCACUUGAAUUCAUCAAAAUAUAAAUUCUCUGACAUGAUGUAUGCUUCAGUUUA